UAUUAUUUGCGUGAGGAUGAUUUGGGCAGUAAUCGAGCAAAGGCGAGUUUCGAACGUUUGGCCGAACUCAACGAUAGUGUCAUCUGUAGGCUGAACACGGAGCCGUUAAAUGAAGAGUUCAUCAAACAGUUUGAUUUGAUUGUCUUAACCGAUGCACCGCUACAACAACAGUUGAAAGUGAACGAAUGGACUCGUAAACACAAUCGUCGUAUGUUAACGGCAGAUGCUCGUGGCUUGUUUGCAUUCGUUUUUGUGGACGUUGGAAAUGAGUUCAGAGUUGACGACUUGAAUGGUGAACAGUGCAAAGAGGUUGGCGAUUAG